AAAUCAACAAUUUUAGGUGAAUCAAGUACACCAAGAAGAUUACGUACAGCCUAUACAAAUACACAAUUAUUGGAAUUGGAAAAAGAAUUUCAUUAUAAUAAAUAUUUAUGUCGACCACGUAGGAUUGAAAUAGCUGCAUCAUUAGAUUUAACUGAACGACAAGUAAAAGUUUGGUUUCAAAAUCGAAGAAUGAAAUAUAAACGACAAAAUAAUAGUAAAACUGGUUCGGAUGAAAAAAGUUCAUCAAAAACAUCAUCUUCAUCUUGUAAUGAUGGUAUUGGAUCCGAUGAUGAUAACGACGAUGACGACGACGAUGAUGAUGACGAUAUUGAUGGCGAAGAUGCAGAUGAUAAUGUCGUUGGCGAUGAUAAUUUCGAUCCAGAAUUAUCAAUGAAAUUCAAUUCCAAUGAACCGAAAUUACCAUUUGAUGAUCCAAUCACCACCACCUCCGCCGCUAUU